AUGUCUAUUGCAGGAUUCCUGUAUCUGCUCUGUGAAUUCAUAUGCUUCUCAGUAGCUUCUCAGUUGGAAAAUCUCAGAAGAGCAUAUAAUGUUACUAGCAUAGAACCCAAACAAUUGGACUUUUCGCAAGGCUUCUUGCAAGUUUUCGGUGAUUUUGACACGCUGACUUUCCCCAGGUAUGAAGGACAGCAGAAUUUUACGCAAGAGAUUACCUCUGAUAGUGGUUCGCGAGACAUCAUUUACUAUUCGAAUGAUAUUUUUAUCAAGCUCAUUGAGGGAUCGAGCGACACAAACGUCCGACAGAUCGUUCCCUUUGGAUCAGAUUCAUUCAUUCUAAGUGGGUCGGGGCGUCUUUUGGGCUUCGAACUCGAGAGGCAGAUUUUUUACAAUCUGUCGGAUCUCUCAUUGCGACCUAUGUUUGACCACUCUUUGGGCGAGGUUAAAACCAUUCUGGUAGAUGAUUCAUUGGUGUAUUUCGGCGGGAAUUUUACGUACGAUCAUGGUGUCGCAAUCUGGAAUUACACCAGCAACACAACCUUUCAGGCACCAUUCGGCGGAUUUGGCAGCAAUUCUCAGGUGAACUCGAUAGUUAAGCUAGACGAUGACAACAUUCUCUUCACAGGAAGCUUUGCUGCAUUAGAUAACCAGACUUGGUGGAAUUCAGUGUAUCGGAACACAUCUGGCCCUACAAAUAUCGAAGCUGGGUCUUUGAUACCACUUCAAUGGGCAGCUUGGGAUGCAGGGUCGUCUUCUUUCUUUGAUGCCUCGCAGUUUAUCUGUCCCAAUCCUGAAGCAUCGGCGUGGCUGGCAUCCUCGAGUUCUGGAUCUCUGGGAUGUUUUCUGCCCUUUGAAGUAGCUGCGCAAAAGAUCCGAAUCUUUAACUCUCCAAGCGACGAUAGCGGAGUUUCAUUAUUCAGGAUUAUUACAAAACCCUCGGGUGGCAUUAUGAAUCUGACAUAUGUGGAUCCUCUAUCUGGAGAAAUGCGUUACUGCGAUGCAUUCUGUCCCCUUCUGAAGAGAAGUGCUUUGCGAGAGGUUGGUGCCACGACGAACUCAACACAAGGCAUCAUGACCAACAACAACCUCACCAGCAUCCAGUGGUCGGAGAAUUUUCAAGAUUUCGCAUUUGUGAAUCAAAUUAGCGUUUCAGAAUUGCAGUUUUUAGCCGUCAGUUCCUAUGGAAAUGCAGUUGGGUUGUCUUCGUUACAGCUUUACAGCGGUACAGUUUCUGUUUAUGCUAAUGACACUCUAAAUGAUCCGGGUUGCGGUUCAGAUGUUGUUAGAUCGAGUUCAUUUCUAUCGAACAAUAGCUGGCACGAUGGUUUGCCUCAGAAAAGCUAUCUUAUUACCCAGUUUGAUUAUGGUACCGGCGUGGGGCCUAAAGUCACCUUCUACCCAGAGGUUAAGGAAGCUGGACAAUAUACAGUCAAUGUAUACACACCGGGAUGUUUGGCCGAUAACACAUGCUCCUCCAGAAGCAUUGUUAAUGUAACUAUGAGGUCUAGCAAUGAUGACUCCAUUCUCGCAUCUAUUCUGUUAUACCAAAACAACCUAGAAGAGAAGUACGAUCAGCUUUAUAGUGGUCAUUUGGAAUCGCCGCCGAUUGUGAUACUGGAGUUUUCUUCAGGUAUUCAGCUGAAUAGUCCUUCAAAUGUUGUCGUUGCGGACCGCAUUGAACUGAUCCCUCAUGCGGUCGAUGCGUUAGCAAACCAGACUGAGGAGAAUUUCCUAUUGAACGGCAUGUUCUUGUAUCAGCUGUCAAACAUUACAGACAAAAGUGGUCAAAACAGCUCUUCAAUCGGCAAUAGCAGUUUGAAUUCGUUUGCAGUACAGAAUUUUCCUCAAAAUUCCUCAUUAGUCUCAAUCAUGUAUAAUAGCACAUUGUGGGUUGGGGGAGGCACGGUUUCUGGUGUGGCAACGAUUGACCUAGGUGAUGAUUUUAGCAUUUCCUCGUCAGACAGGCUAAAUACCGGCGGUAGUGUUGAGGGCAUGUCUUCAUACUCCGAGGGCAUUUUGAUGUUUGGUAAUUUCAACCUAUCUUCGAAGCCUUUGAGCACUAUAACCUAUAAUGGGAGUUUCAACUCUUUUGGAAAUUUAAACACAUCAAUCAAAACCUUUUCCAAUAUCUCGCUACAUGGAACCGAGCUGCUUGUGUUCAAUAACGAAUUCAUCUUCAAUACGACUUCAAACGAGUAUAUCUCAAAUUCUUCAGCAUUUGGGCUUUCGCUAUGGAGCGCAGGUCAGAACAGCUUCAACGACAUUCUGUUCUGCGGCGCAGUCUCAGAGACACAGUAUACUGGAUUGGAUGGUUCCGCUGAGAUAUUUACGAAUGGUUCGGUUGUUCCUAUGAACACAUCAGGGGACAUGAAACCUUAUUUGGCUUUGAAAUUGAACGACACAACGACUGUUCACGCCUAUGGAGGGGACACAUUGUCUCAGCUUAUGUUUAAUGACGGAUCUCAUGGACCGUGGAGUUGGUUUGGCACUAUAAAUCUUAUGCGUUAUAUGAACGACGGUACAAUGUUAGCAAUUGUUGUGAAUAAUCCAUCCGGAGAAUCGCAGCUUAAUCUCUUGAAUUUAACCAACUUCAAUGUCGCCAGAAAUUUGACGAUGGCGAAAGAUUCAUACAUCAGCUCAGCAGUGUUCUUUGGGAGAAAUAGUUCAUUACUUAUGGGUGGUAACUUCAGUAUACCUGGCUCUCAAUGCGUGGAUCUUUGCCUCUACAAUUACGACCAAAAUCAAUGGUCAAAAGUUGCUAAUGGCUCCGUUAACGGCAAUAUCACUGAGAUGAAACUUUCAAACACGUACGAUUUAUUGAUUUCAGGUGUUAUUAAUUUCAAUAACCGGACAUCAGUUAAUUUGGCCUCAUUCAACAUGACAAGCCACGAACUGAAUCCGCUUCUAUCGGGUUCCGACAAACCAUUGAAGUCAUUCAUCGAAGGUGAAUAUGAUCUUCUGGUUUGGAACGAGACCAACUUGUUGAACUAUCGCGCAAGCAAGUGGGAGGAUAUAGAGCUCGGUUACGAUUCGAUAUCAGUGAUCGAAACCGUUAUAGCUCUCAACGGAACAGCGGCGCUGGAAAAAAGAGAAGAUUCGGGUUCUAAGCUAGGCAGCAUUUUGCUCGCUGGCCGCUUAAACAGUGUUGUCGCCAGUAAUUUAACUGAGGUAUCGAUUUAUGACUUUGAGAGAUGGUCACCCUACUACUUGGCAGGAUCAGACAAUAACGGUUUAUCUAGCAUGGCAUUUUUCACUGGCGAAGAAUUCUCGAAUAUCUAUGACUCUCAGUCAUAUCUGCCAAACUCUGGAUCGGCCACGACCUCUGUUCCUUCUGCCAGCCAGACUGCGCUAUCCUCGCCCACAGCUACGGUAAUUUCUGGUAAGAGGCGAAGAAUUGACCGAGGUUAUGUCGUUUUAAUAGGGCUCGCAUUGGCUCUCGGCACCGUUACGGUACUAGGUAUCACAGGAGUACUGCUAGCUCUUUUGUUUAAAUUUGACAGCGGAUACGAGCAAGUUGUUCCUCGAAUCGAUGAGAAUGAGAUGAUGGAAUCUGUACCUCCUGAAAAACUCUUAGAGUUUCUUUGA